AUCUCCACUCUUCUACAGCCUUCCCAUUCCUUCCUGCUUACUCGGAGGCAACAAACUCACCACCAUAUAAACCAGAUUUUUUCUUACAGGGCAGCACAACGUUUUUCCUUCCCACUGACAGUGUUCACAAACGAGAAGCUGUGUUCUUUUAAUCAGUGAGGCUAUUAACGAACUUAAAUCCGUGGACCAAUUAAAAACUUUUCCUGGUCUUUUCUUCUUCACUUUUCCAAAAUUCAGUCUAAAAGAAAGUUUGACGAUAUGAGCGAACCUAAGGACACCGUGUUCCAGGACAUCGGUGCUUCUGCUGCUCAAGCUACCGCCUCUGAAGAUGCAAGCGAGAAUCCCGUUAGAGAGGUGGAUUCUAUGUGUAUGAAAUGCCAAAAAACGGGCAAGACAAAGCUGUUGCUGACGGUGAUUCCUUACUUCCGUGAGGUUGUCCUUAUGUCUUUUGAAUGUCCUCACUGCGGCUUUAAGAAUGCUGAAAUCCAGCAUGCUGAGACUAUCCAACCAGAAGGUAGUAUCAUUACUUUUAAGGUUCAGAAUAAGAACGACCUUGACCGCCGCGUGGUCAAGAGUACGGAGGCCGUGGUUAAGAUUCCAGAGGUCCAAUUGGAGAUCCCCGGCCGUCUGAGCCAGCUUACGACCAUCGAGGGUAUCAUUACCCAAGUCAUUACCGAUUUAAGCAAUGACCAAGAGGAGCGCAAGCAAAAGCUUCCCGAGGUGUAUGAACAAAUCAACACCUUUAUUCAAAAACUGUCCUCCUUGUUGGAGGGCAACACUCCCUUCACAUUCGUGCUGGAUGACAUGACCGGCAACAGCUGGGUUGAGAUGAAGCCCGGUGAGGACAAGGACAAUUGGAUGCAAGGCAAGUACUUCCGUUCGGCUGCCCAGAACGAGCACUUGGGACUCGUUGACACGAACGGUGCUUCCGUUUCCGGCAACGAUGCCAUCACUGCUGGCGAGCUGAACAACGAGGUUGAUCCCAGCGAGGUGCAGACCUUCCACGCCGCUUGUCCCUCUUGUCGUCACAUGUGUGACACCCAUAUGAAGAUGGUUGACAUCCCCCAUUUCAAGGAGGUUGUUAUCAUGUCUACCACCUGUGACGCUUGCGGUUUCAAGUCGAACGAAGUAAAGACGGGUGGUGCCAUCCCUCCGAAGGGUCGUCGCAUCACGCUCAAGGUUCUUGACGCUGAAGACUUGACGCGUGACAUUCUCAAGUCUGAGACCUGUGCUCUUAGUAUUCCCGAGCUUGGUCUUGACUUGCAUCCCGGUACCUUGGGUGGUCGGUUCACCACCGUUGAAGGUAUUUUGGCUCAAGUUCACGAUGAGCUGUACGGUCGUGUUUACUCGAAGGAGAGUGAUUCCAUGACGGAAGAGCAGAAACAAAACUGGCAGUCUUUCCUUGACAACCUUCAGGCCGCUCGUGAAGGUCGUUUCCCCAUCACCGUGAAGCUUGAUGAUCCUUUGGCACAAAGUUACCUUCAGAACUUCUAUGCUCCCGACCCUGAUCCAAACAUGACCGUCGAGGACUAUGAGCGUACGUUUGAAAUGAACGAGGAGCUCGGUUUGAACGACAUGAAGACCGAAAAUUACGAAAAGCCUGAGGAGCAAUCGACUUCUCAAAACUAAGGGGAUGGAAGAAGCCUAUCGUGAGCUUCUUGUUUAAUUGUUGUUUUUUGUAUAAGUAGAGAGGGGAGGUUUUAAAUAAAAGUCGGUUUGGUAAGAAGACAA